GCUUCAUUAUUGAGAUGUCUUUUACGACCAAAUUGUCUUACGAUUUAUUGCGAGUGUCUCCGAAAUGUUACGAAGGGCUCCGGGGCUUAACGAAGAUUAUCGAGGCAAGAAAAUUGCAUUGGAUGUUAACAAUGACAGCAGAAGAGCAAUGUCGCCUGGUGGAUGACGCUGAAGUGUUGUGGGAUUUUGUCGUCUGCUAAUUUUGGACUUUACUUAGCUUAGCCUGCGACAAUGCGCAACUUGGCCCUCGUCCUGUUUAUUGGCCUGGCGUUAUUCCCAUCAUAUGACAUCCACGCGCAGCAAGCCACAUCCAUCGCGGCCAUUAACAGGUCGUUGGAUCCACGAUUUCUAAACUGGCUCAACUCGCUCUUCUACAUCCCACCGGAAGGUGAAAUACGCGUGCGCAAAGAAUACCGGAUGUUGACAGACACGGAGAGAAACAACUUUCACAAUUCAAUCCGGGCGCUUAAACAAGACACGAGUGUCCCCCCAAACAAGUUUGACGCACUGGCCUCCUUACAUCACCUCAACACUGCAUCGUCUGCACAUGGAGGUCCUAACUUUCUCGGAUGGCAUAGAGCUUACCUUGUUCUGUGCGAGAACGCGAUGAGGGAGAAGGUUGCCAACGUUACCAUCCCCUACUGGGACAACACUAUCGAUGAAGCUCUUCCUAACCCCCGGCAGUCCAUUCUCUUCUCCCCGCUCUUCAUGGGCACAGCAAAUGGACAAGUUACCCAAGGUCCAUUUUCAUUUUGGUCGUCACCGUUCGGACCUCUCGGACGCGAUGUCGGAAACGAUCGCCGACUGAUGAACCCUAACGAUAUUUCCGCCAUAAUGUCACAAAGCAUUAUCGCCGAUAUCACGAAUCCAAACGCCCCCGACGCCACUAACAUCGAGGAGCUCCAUAACGACGUCCACGUGUUUAUUGGUCAACAGAUGAGCAGGAUCGAGUCAGCGUCGUACGACCCACUGUUUUAUAUGCACCACGCCUUUAUGGAUUAUAUAUGGGAGGAGUUCCGAACAAACCAGCGCAUGCGCGGAAUAGAUCCAUCGCGAGAUUACCCGAGAAUUGUUGGCGACAGGGCUCAUCAGCCUUUAGCAUCAAUGGGCUUAGGGAGACUUUUAGUAAUUGAUGGAAUAAAUGACAUUUUUACUCGCCGAAUUUACAGAUACGAGCGAAGACCUACGUGUAUUCCAAAUUCGAACACCUGUGGGUCGCAGUAUCUGAGAUGUGACUGGCAGAGACAAAGAUGUGUACCCUUAAUUAUGAACCCAAAUGGUCCCCAGGCUAUUGGGCCUCAAGCAAUGGCCCAAACAGGUCCAGUCGUACAGCGCUUACCGUGGUGGGCAAGCCCAGGAAAUAACGCUAAUCCUAAUUUCGUGUUUGGAUAGGGCGUAUGUGCUUUCUGGUAAAGAUAGAAUCUUAAGACUGUGAGUUCGAUUUAUUUGACUGUCUCCGUUCGCAAUGAUCGACAAGCGAUAAAAUAUGAAGACUGGAGUUUGAAUUUAUUUGGUUCUUCCAUAGGCAAUGUUCAACAAACGUUUAAAUUUGAUGGCUGUGAGUUUUAAAGUAUUUGGUUGUCUUUAUUUGCAAUACUCGACAGCGAUUGUUAAAUUAGCCUAACGCGUUUAAAAGACAUUCAUGUGCCCCUAAGGAUAAGUCAGAAAUGAUUGUAAAAGUCGUUUUUUUUUCUUAAUGCAUCAGGUUGCAAAAAUGCUUUUUUCUUGAGAGCAAGAAAUUAAAUACAUUUAGUGGUCAACAUAUUGUUUUGUCAAAUGAGAAGGCAGUAUUCUUCAUUUUGCCUAUAUAUUUAUUUUAGUAAAUCAACAGUCGGACCUUAUUGAUUUAAGGCAGGGUAAAACGAUAGAUAUACAGAGUUACUGCCACACUUAGUAGUAGAAUGUAGACCCCUAAAACGGUUAAUGGUUGCUAGUAUGUACUUACACAAAAUAAAUAGUUAUGCGACUGUGUCACAUCAAACAAUUUUUUAAGUACAUUCUAACAACCUUCAACCAUGGCAUAAUUUAUCUCAUACAUUUAUCUUAAAAUUAUUUCUAACUUUACAUGUUCAAUUUUUAUUUAAACACAAAUUGUAAUCUUGAAAGGAAAAUAGCGAGUCGGUUAUUAUAACAAAUUUAAAUUUCAGUUGCCUCGUGAUUUGUUAUACAAUAUUUUUAAUAGUUUAGUGUCGAAAACAAUCAUUUGAAAGUCUCAAAUAUAUGUUGCUGUUUGUUAAACACAGUGCCUUUUCAACAUAUUUUUAAAAUAUGAAAUACUUGUCGUGAAAACAAUAUUUUGCCAAAUAAUAAGGAAUUUAGCCGUCAUUUUUCAUAUAGAAUAAAAAUCAAUACAUGUACACUCAAAUCUAAUAAAGACAUAUAAUAUAAAGGCAUACAUGACACGGUUUAAUAUUUUAUGUGUGUGUUUAAGCAAGUUUAGCAAAGUUUUUUUUUUAAUUUUGCAAGGAAACAAUCAAAGACAAAUCUUGCACGUUUAUUCGUACGUAACAGCCUAAAAAUUGCAAGUUUACUUAUGUGUAUUUAUUCCAGCAGAGCUUCUGCUGGUGCAAUGGAAAUCAACUUGACUUAGACAUUAAUUUUAAAUUGUUCUGCUCGAAUAAAUACAUAUAAAUACAUUCUAUACAUCGAUGUGAUGCAGGUUGUCCGGUUAGCGCACUCGUUCUCACCUAGGCGACCCGGGUACGAUACCCGGCCUGGGCGCAAGUGAGUUUGGUUUGUGGUCACCAAACUGGACAAGUGGGUUUUCUCCGGGUGCUCCGGUUUCCCCCACAACACAAGACCACACUCUCGCAGCAUCGUUAGAUCGAGAGUGAUUAAUUUAAGUUGCAAUAACUUAUUUUAAAAUUGUUUUAAAAAUACAUAAGAUUAAACUUACUAGACUAAAUAUAAUUAUAACAAUUUCAUUUGAACUAUCGAACACUCUUAUAUUAAACGUCUUUAAUUUUAUUUGAUUAUGUGCGUCAAUGAUUGCUCGAGGUGACAUUUUAUUUGAACUUGUUACCUUGAAAAUUAAAGUGUUGAACAUGAAUGUGUCAAUUAAUGUACAUUUCGUACAUGUAUAUGUGUAUUUUUGCAAUAACCUGUAUGUUACUUUAAAAAGCUUAACCAAUAGUUUUAAUUAUCAUAUAAAAAUGAAAUAUGACAAACUGUUGACUACAAACAAAGUUUUAGUUACAGUCAGAAUUGUUAUUAUUAUGGGAAAAUGCAUUUUCUGAUUUUCUCUUAUUAAAUAUAAAUAGGAACACCUCGGCCAUUUUCCAUCUAAAACAACAUCGGAUGUAUGCCGAUUCAUCAGUAGAAAUAGUUCGUAAAAAUUUUCAAGUUUAUUUUGUAUUACUUAGUUCAAAUAAACUGCCUCGGAAGUGUGUCAUUGCAAUAUUUAAGAGGCUUAAGUGUAAAGUCCUUAGGUUUAACUGUUGAAAUUACUGCGCGAUCUACUUGCAGAGUAGUUAAAUGUAAAUAUUUCUGACUUUGUUAAACCACCCAUAUACAUCCGGGGUUGUUUUCGAUAAAAAAAAUUGUUCGAGGUAUUCCGAUUGCUUUAAAAUAACCAUGCACUUGACCAGAAUAGUAUUUGUCGUUGACCGAGCUUAAAAUCACUCUCCUACGCAGUUACCUCCCUUGACAGAGAAGAUGACAAGUGGAGUUUUUGUUAAUAAAUAAACGUAUUUAUGCAGUACUUUAUCAAAAUUACAUUCAAUUAUGUUGUUUUCAACGUUUAGUAAAACAUAUAUUUAAAUGAAAUAAAAAUUAAACUCCUUAUUAAAGAAGUCACGUGAUUUCGAUAUAUAUCACGUGAUUUGGACACGGGCAGUUGUUUCUGUACGGCAAGGGAAAUAACCGCUGAAUGGAGUUUGGCACAAUGACAGUCCAAAAUGACGUGGUGUUCGUACUCUGUCUUUAAACAGUAGUGCUAGUUUCUGUGUUAUGAAAAGGUAUUAGAAGUUGCGAAAUAGAACACUGUUCAUGUAAGGUAAACAAUUCCUUAAAGAAACAUUCAGGAUAAGCCAUCCAUCAUGAGGAUGUAACGAUGAGUUAGUGCAUUUUAGAUAUUAAAAUUAAGAUUAUUUCUAUUGUUAAUUUAUAUUGAUUUACCAUUAUAUUAAUUUUGCAUUGAUUACAUUUUUAAUAUAGCCUUUAAGACGUUACUAUUAAAAUAUGUUGUAUGAAAGGGAGGUAUUAAAACCAAUUUUACUUUGUUUAUAUAGCAAAUUUAUUAAUAUGUUUAUUGAAGAACACAUUGCCUAUAUAUAAAAAAGCUUUCAAUGAACACAUAAAACAAUAUUCAAACUUUACAUUUUGAAACUUUUAAUUGUAGCGUUACCAGUAGCAAUUGUUUGUAUUAAUGAUAGAGGCUUACCUAUCACGUGGUAUAAAUACACUAAAAGGAGUACUCCUCCGUACCAGAGUAACUUUGUUAGCUUAAAUUAUUAAGGUACGCAACUUUCUAUCUGCGAAUUUCUCUUUAUCAUAUUUUUGAGGAAUUUAUUUUCAUGAACAGUUCUCCUUUUUCCGGCUAGUAUAUUAUACUUUAUGUACAUGUAUUUUCAAUGAAUGUGCCUUACUGAUCUUAUCUGUAUAUUAAAUAAUUGAUUUUACGGAGUUUAUACCUAAUUUAUGUCUUAAUAAAGUUAUCACAUUCAGUUUAUUUAUUCGGUAUUUCAUAGAAAAACGAGGUAAAGUCACAUGGGAUAUCUGAAACAGCUAUGGUGAUAGGUUUGAUAUACAGUCAAAACUCGCUAUGUCGAAGUCGUUUGGACCUCGGGAAAUACUUCGAGAUAACGUACAAUCGAUAUAACCGAAAUAAAAAAGCGUAUAAGUAAACUUAACAACUUCCAAAAAUGUUCGACAUAGCCAGUCCAUCGAGAUAACAGAGUUCGGUAUAGCGAGUUUCGACUGUUAAUUCUUAAAUACCUAUUUUGACUUGGUAAACUAUGGGUUCACACGAAAUUGUUAUUAAGACCAUGAACUAAUUUAAUAAAUUGUUCUGUUAUUAUGA